GUUAUUUGAAUAAUUGGUAGUUGGUACUGCACUACGCCGCUCUUGCAUUACUCAAUUAGGUACUGCAUUCAGUCAGACCAGCCAGUCGACUUGUAGUGUCUUGUACGAGUGUUUUUUUUUAUACUAGAUCUAUAUAUAUGUCCUCACUCGUCGUGUAUUACUACAAUAAUAAUUAUCGUACAUAUUAUUUUAAUUACAAUAUUUUUUUAUAGAAACGAUUCCUUAUAGUUAUUUUGUUAAUCUGUAAUUUUCGCAUCUCAUUUUUAGUUUUUUUUUUUAAAUCGAAAAAAAAAAUCAUGAGCCUAAAAUUAUCUUCUCUUUUGACAAACUCAGGGAUGAGGUUUGCUCUAAAUGGUGUCACGAAAAGGUCGAUAGCCUCUUUGUCGUCCUUGUCAGAGACUCAUCGAUUGCUGUAUAAAACCUGUAGAGAUUUUGCAGAAGGAGAGUUAAAACCUGUUGCAGCCAAAGUGGACAAGGAACAUUUAUUUCCCGAGAAACAGAUUAAAGAAAUGGGAGAAUUGGGUUUAAUGGCAAUUGAUAUCCCAGAGUCAUUAGGAGGAACUGGUCUUGAUUAUUUGGCAUAUGCUAUUGCAAUAGAAGAAAUUUCUAGAGGUUGUGCAUCAGCUGGCGUUAUUAUGAGCGUAAAUAAUUCUUUGUACCUCGGACCAAUUAAUAAAUUUGGAAAUGAUAAACAAAAAGAGGAGUAUAUCAGACCUUUUACAAGUGGUGAAAAAAUUGGUUGUUUUGGUCUUAGCGAACCAGGUAAUGGAAGUGAUGCUGGUGCAGCUUCUACUAUGGCGGUUAAAAGUGGUCCAAAUUGGGUUUUAAAUGGCACUAAAUCAUGGAUUACUAAUGCUCAUGAAGCUAAAGCAUCAGUCGUAUUUGCAACUACCGAUAAAGCUAAAAAACACAAAGGAAUUAGCGCAUUUUUAGUUAAAAGAGAAUAUCCAGGGUUUUCAUUGGGUAAAAAAGAAGAUAAACUUGGAAUACGAGGUUCGUCUACAAGUAAUUUAAUUUUUGAAGACUGUUCAAUUCCAGAAGAAAAUAUCUUAGGUGAACCUGGUAUGGGUUUCAAAAUUGCAAUGAUGACUUUAGAUGCUGGCCGCAUCGGAAUUGCUUCUCAAGCACUUGGAAUAGCACAAGCAUCUCUCGACGUUGCUGUUGAAUAUGCAACUAAAAGAAUAGCAUUUGGUGCUCCUAUAUCUAAACUGCAAAGUAUUCAGAAUAAAAUUGCUGACAUGUCUUUACGAGUAGAAAGUGCAAGAUUGUUGACAUGGAGAGCUGCUGUCUUAAAAGAUGAACACAAGCCAUUUACAAAGGAAGCAGCAAUGGCCAAAUUAGCUGCGUCUGAAGCAGCAACAUUUAAUGCACAUCAGUGUAUUCAAGUGUUGGGUGGUAUGGGUUAUGUUUCCGAUAUGCCUGCUGAACGACACUACCGCGACGCUCGGAUAACAGAGAUAUAUGAAGGGACAUCUGAAAUUCAGAAGCUUGUGAUAGCUGGAAAUGUAUUCAAAGAGUAUAACAGCUCUUAAUGAGUUAUUAGCCAUAAGUAUUAAUACUGAUAUACCGUUACCAAAUAAUUCAAGUGUGUACUACACAAUUUACUGAUGUUUAGACUGAAUUUUUCAUAUUUAAAAGUAUACCCAUGUAAGUGUAAAUUAUACCUACUGAAAACAUCCAAACAUAAUAUAUUAUAAUUUUUUCAACUCA